GUUACAGAUGUUAACAAUGCUACAGUUUCUGCACCAUCAACAGCUGCCACAUCAACUGCUGUUAGUAAUAUGAUAAUUAAAGCCGCCGCUGAUUUUAUUUCGAAUCAAGAACAACAACAGCAUCACCAUCAUCAGCAGCCAACACCAAUGCUAACCAAUACAGCCACUAUAGCACCAACUGUGACAACUGUUGAUCCACUCGUAAAUUUAUUACUUAAUCAACAUGAUGUAGUCACACCAACAGCUGUAGUGGCACAAGCAACAGCAGUUGCUGCUGUUAAUGAAGUACAAUCACAAUUUCCUUUGGGAAUACCUCCCAGUGUGCAGCAAGAAUCUCCACUAAUUGUUGCCUUGGCUGCGGAAAAUGCAAUGCAAAAGUCUGUUGCUACUGCUGCUGUUACUACAAAUGGCGCUGUUGUUACUCAACAAACUGCAACCACAACUGUUGGUGUAGUUACUGCCGCUGCACCCGGUGCUGUACCAUUACCUCCACCAAUACCACAAGAAUUAACUACAAUGUCAGACCAAGAUUUAAUAAGUUUUAUUAAUCCCAGCACAUUUGAUCAGAUUUAAAGUAUUUAAUGGCAGAAAUUUAUUAUUUCAAAAAUCGCGAUGAAGACAGAAUUAAUAUUCAUUUGUCAGAUUGUUCUAUCCACACAAUAUUGGUGCGUAUUAACUGCAAAUCUAGAUAAUAUAUGAAAACCAAUGACUUAUGCUAAUAAAGAUAAAAAAUUAAGUGGUUUUAAAAAUCAAGAAAUCAAAUGUUAAGAGAGUAAUAGACGUUAAAAACUGAAAUGUUGAAUAUAAGCAAUCAAUUACAAUCCUUAGAUGAAUAAAAUAAUUUAUUUACUGUAUUGAAAUGAUUAGUAAACCAAUUUAACUAGUUCAAAGAAAACGAA